AGGGCCAGCAGUUCCAGCUCAAGAGCUCUUUAUUCGUCCACAAACUAGGAAACUACAACUUAAAUAAGAGAGACGCUGCAGAACCUGAAGGACAACAGCCAGAACCUGUCCAGGUGGGUGUUCUCUCUCAACACGUCACAAGAUAAAGGGAGGAGAAAAGAAUUCCUCUGGGGUAUUAAACAUAGCAGCCUGACAGCCAGAUAUCUCAGAAAGCAAAAGCCCUAAAGAAGAACUUGAGGGCUUUUGGAUUCACCAGCUUCACGCCUGAGUGUUCCUCUUGACUAGUUCAGCCCCAGUCAGUAAUCUGAGUGAGGAUGGAGCCCUUAACCUAUAGAAACACUGGAACCUUCCUAGCCCUGGUCUUCUACCUGACAGUGAGACAUGCAGGGGCCGAAAAGCUCUUUCACAGCCGAGAUCACUCAGACAUCCAGGACCUGCCCUCAAGGCAAGCACAGCUUAUUCAGACACCCGAGUCUGCGCAGGAAUUCCUAACAAAAUAUGGUUAUGUCGAACCUGUUGGUUGGGAGGAUUUAGAUUCUGAGAAUGUCCCCAUGCCUAUAGAUGAGAAUCAGGCCCCCAAAGAGCUGAUUUCUGAGGGAGAACCACCAUCUAGGUUCGGAGAAGAUAUAGAACAGCAACCGACCGAAAGCCCAGCCUACAUUGAAUCCCUGAAGAGCUUCCAGAGGGAAAACGGGAUUCCGGUCACCGGCGUCCUGGAUGAGCAAACCAAGGAAGUCAUGAACCGACCCCGCUGUGGUGUCCCAGACCACAAAGCAAGCUCCAAUGAAACAGCUUCAAAUGAGACGUCCACCGCCUCCCAGGCCAACUCGACCACGGAGCUCGCUUCCAGCGACACAGAGAUGGCACCUAUACGGGAGAAGAGGUUCCUGUCCUGGCUGGUGGAGCAUGUCAGGAAGAAAAGGGCCGAUGUGUACACCCUGGCUGGAGAUAGCAGGACCAACCAGGCAUUCAGCAAGGCCACGCUGAAGUGGCGUCUGAUGGAGGAGGGCUAUAGCAUGCACCUGUCCAUUGAACAGCAGAAGAGUGUGCUAAGGCUUGCUUUCCGCAUGUGGAGCGAGGUCAUACCCGUGCAGUUUGUAGAGGAUCUGACCUCUUCCUCUUCUGAGAUUGACAUCAAACUUGGCUUCGGCACAGCACGUCACCUGGGAUGCUCCCAAGUCUUCGAUGGAGCUGGACAGGAGUUUGCUCAUGCCUGGUACCUUGGUGACAUUCACUUUGACGAUGAUGAACAUUUUGUCGGAACAAACAGUGACCAGGGCAUCAGUCUGCUGAAGGUGGCAGUACAUGAAAUCGGACACGCUCUGGGGUUGCCACACAAGUACCGCACUGGAUCGGUAAUGCAGCCUAAUUAUAUUCCACAAGACAAUCAUGUGGAAAUAAACUGGCUAGACAGAAAGGAGAUGCAGGCCCUGUAUGGUAUUUGCCAAGGUCCCUUUAACACAGUCUUCGACUGGGUUCGAAGAGAGAAGAGUACGACUGGAGAUUGGAUCUACCGAUUCAACACCUACUUCUUCAGGUCCAGCUGGUACUGGAUGUAUGAAAACAGAAGUAACAGGACACGCUAUGGAGACCCAUUCCCUGUCAACAUUGGCUGGAGGGGUAUCCCCAGCUCCGACAUUGAUGCCUUUAUUCAUAUCUGGACCUGGAACAUAAAUGCCCAGUACUUUUUCAAAGGUACUCAGUAUUGGCGCUAUGACCCUGACAAUGACAUGAUCUUCACUGAAGAUCCUGAAGGAGUCAGAUAUCCCAAGCUGAUUUCUGAGGGCUUCCCAGGAGCUCCCAGCCCAAUAGACACUGGGUUCUUCGAUAAAAGGGAUCGCAACAUUUACUUCUUCAGGGGAUCCCAAGUGACAGCAUUCAGUGUUGACCUGAAACAGAAGCUCAGUGGAUACCCAAAGCAGAUCGUUGAUGUGUUCCCUGCUACGACUCCUGGAGAUCAUCCAAUUGGGAAUAUAGACUCUGUCUAUUACUCUUAUACAACCAAUUCCAUCUAUUUUAUCAAGGACACGCUGUACUGGAAGGUAGUAACGGACAACGAUAGGAUACGCAAUCCCUCCUAUCCCUUCAACGGACUUCUCCAACAAAACAAAGUCUCAAACAGCUGGUUUGACAUUUGUGACGUGCAUAAUUCAGUCCUAUUAAUGGGUAGCAAGUAAAGCAUGAGCGCUUAAUAUGCCUUUGUUUUUAUGCAUAUGUUUUACGCUACAUUGUCACAUUGUCAAUAUGUUGUUUUAUUACUAUUUAUGUACUAUUAUGCUCCCCUCAGUAACAUCAGAAUAAUACAGUUUAAGAAAGUGUCUUGGAAAGAUGCAUAAGAGCUAAAAAGCAGUUGAUGGAAUAUGACUGAAGAUAUGUUUAGUUGUAUUGUUGUGGCAGUGCCCUGUACUGAACAAUGCAAACUCUAAUGCAUUGUCUUUCCUGUCUUUCUUAUGUCAAGCUGCUGGCAGUGAACGUGUUCCACAGGAUAAAGUCAAUGAUCAGGUUAAGAAAACUUCCUUUCUGUUGAAGUGUAACUGAGGUUGUAGUCAAGCGGCUGUUGUGUAAGGAAAAUAAUUUUGACCCACCAGACAAACUAUAUGGGAUCCACCACAAAACGAACAAAACCCAAGACUACAGUACUUGAUUCAUACCACUUUUAGUUGUGUAUUUCUAGUUUGGUACCUUUUUUUAGGUUAAGUCCUCCUUUCUGAUAAGAAAAAAGCACUAAUGAAAUAUUUAAAUAAAUGGUUUUGAGAGUAGAAGUGCAUCCACUAUAGGGCACUGAAAAGAUUGUUAAACUGGUCACAAAAAGUGUUGACUAACUAUAGAGUAUAGUUUUACACAGAGUAGCAGAGUAGCAACUGGGACAAAUAAACAAUCCUUAAAUGGUCUUGUGUGCUAAAACAUUUCUGUUUAGAAAAUUCUGACUGCAAAAUCUGUAGCAGGAGUUGGCAGCUGUGGUGUUGGAUUGACAUUCCAUUGCUGGUUUAAUAUGAAUAAUUCAUCAUCUUUAACACCUGGGCUGGGCUUAAUUUGCUUCAGUAUAAUAUUUAAGGUCAUGGUUGUAAAGAAUUGAACAAAAAUAUUACGCAAAAGAUUAUAAACACAUUGCAUUAUUUUUAUAUACGAUGCACUGUAAUGUUUAUUUUGAUAACCUUUGUGUAUCUAUUUGUUAAUGUAUUUAUGCAUUGUAUAGUUCCAUUAACAGUCCAUUAUAUGUAUAAAACAGGUUUGAGAUGUUUCAUAGGUUUUGUUGUACAUUUCCAGGAUAAAAAAAAUUAAA